AAUCAGCUGUCUUAAACUCAUUGAUUAUUUUUUUCAUAUUGCGUUAAAAAUAUUGAAAAAAACUCAAAUUUUUUGCAGUCUGAAAUCGUCAACCCAUCCUUAUGGGCAGUAUCUGACUGUUCGGUUAAUUCAUUUUCAUUCCUUGUCCCUAACAGGAUUCAGUCUAUAAAAUGCCUGGUACAAAUCUAAUAGUGCCUGUGGUACUAUGGGGUAAACAUGCACCUACUCACUGUAUAUCGUCAGUGUACUUAUCGAGGGACCAGAAAACUUUAGUAACGGGUUGUUACGAUGGUCAAAUAUGUAUAUGGCAAGUAGAACCCGAGACUUUGAAGAUGACCCCCCGUUGCCUUCUUGUUGGGCACACUGCUCCAGUCACAUGUUUGUCUAGGGCUUCUAUUAUCCAGGAUAAUAACUUCAUAGUAAGCUCUUCGGAAGCUGGUGAGAUGUGUACAUGGGAUCUUGUGGAUGGGAAAUGCAGGGAGAGUGUCAAGUUGACACAAGUUCAUACAAACAUUCAGGCUUACCACAUGUGCAACAGUGAAGAUCUCCGUUUGUUCUGCAAUGGUUACUAUGCAGAGAUAUUGAUUAUGGAUCCAUUCUCUCUCGAGAUCCUGUUCUCUUUGAGUUCAAAAAUGAACCCUGAUUGGAUAUCUGCUUUGCAUGUACUACGUCCAUCAUCAAGAAAAGACGACGUCGUUCUUGCUAUUUCUAUCACCGGAACCGUAAAGGUAUGGUCGUUGCUCGGUCACGAAAACAAACAGUCGGAACCGAUAUACGAGAACGAAUCCAAACAAAUUCGUUGUCUAAACGCGCUCUCGCUCAACUGUUGCGCUUACAAUCAGCGUACAGUUUUGAUUGUAUGCGCAAAAUACUGUCAGAUCUAUGAUGCGGGCGAUUUCUCCGUUCUCUGCUCGAUUCAAGCACCAUCCGGCGAACGUUGGAUGUCAGGAGACUUUUUGGCCCCAGACAGGGUCCUUGUGUGGUCCACCGAAGGAAAGGGUUACCUUUAUAAGUUGCCCGCCAACAAACUCCGCGGAAAAGCUAUCAGUAGUUCCGUACCUGAUCACAAAGGUUUCCACGGUCCAUCCGUGGACCAUGACAGUCCUGUACUAUUCAGUAUUUUGGCGCAUCCAGAUAAUAAGUUAUUGUCCUGUCCCCCUGCAAUGCGUUUUGUGCUUACGUCCGUGGGCGGUAAACAAAGAAGGCUGCUACUUCGAGGCGACUCAGCCGGUGUCGUUUCCUUAUGGAAUAUAGAUGACGCAGCUCAACCACAGCCCGGUAACUUGUCAUCUCACGCACCCAUCGUGCUGACGAGUUUGGAAAUGGCGUGGGCAGAAAUGAACCCAAGUCCAGUUGGAAUACUGGAUCAGUUCAGCCAUCCCGAAGAACCAGAAAUAAAAUUGACUGCCUCGAUAUAUCUGCUGGCCGCCAACCGCUUGGUGGUUGGCCGGGACGAUGGCUCCAUUGUCAUUGUGAACGCAACCCAUACGGUACAACUGCAGCUGUUACAUGGAAACCAUCAGCAGUUGGAUGACUGGCCUCCCCACCAACUCCUCCUCGGUCACAUUGGUAGAGUUAACUGCCUCUUAUACCCCCAUCAUGUACAUCAUAGAUACGACAAAUCUCACCUCGUGUCCGGCGGUAUCGACUUCGCGGUGUGCCUCUGGGACUUGUUCAGCGGAGCCCUACUGCAUCGCUUCUGUGUGCACGCGGGCGAGAUCACGCAACUCAUUGUACCCCCACAGAACUGCAGUCCGAGAAUUCAAAAGUGCAUCUGCUCCGUGGCCUCUGAUCACAGCGUGACAUUGUUGAGUUUGUCGGAGCGUAAGUGCGUGACGCUGGCGUCACGUCACCUGUUUCCUGUGGUCACCAUCAAGUGGCGGCCGGCGGACGACUUCAUGGUGGUCGGUUGCAGUGACGGUACCGUCUACGUGUGGCAGAUGGAGACUGGACACUUGGACAGGGUUCUUCAUGGUAUGAUCGCGGAAGAAGUGUUAUCUGCGUGCGAUGAAACCCUCGCGGAUGAGUUAGGAGGUGCCAUGACAUCUGGAACUGAUCUUCAGGGAUUGGCCAAUCCGGCUGUUCACUUCUUCAGGGGGCUGCGGCACCGCAACCUGACGGCCAUGCGCGCGGCCACGCAGCGCGGGCUGGCGGCGCUGGCGGCGGCCGAGCGCGGGCCGGGCGCGGGCCCGCUGGCCGAGCCCGCCCGCGCCCGCCGCGCGCCGCUCACCGUGCAGGGCUUCCGCUCCAACCCCGCCGAUCCAGAAAGUCACAUCUUGUUCUUCGACAUUGAGGGUUUGAUCGUGGAACUGUUGAGCGAGGAGUACUCCGCUAUGAGUCCAGCUAGCCUCGAGGCCGCCGGUCUCAUCACCAGCGAGUACAUGAAAGUGGCCGCACUAACUCAGUCAGCGAGUCCAGAUGCCGCUAAAAGGAUAUCCGAUUUCUUUGGUCGCGUUAAAGACAAGGCGGGAGAUAUGGAACGCCUGUUGAAAGAGAAGGACAAACAUGGUAUAUUAGCAAAGAUGAAGGAAGGCGCUGAAACGAUGCAGACGAAGUUGCAGGCUAAGGCUGAGCAGCUGAAGGGGCAGGUCGACAGCAAAGAUGGCACGCCAACGAAGCGUCAGCGUCCCCGCGACAUGUCGCUCGCGGAACCACCGCACACGAUGGAGAUCGCGCAGAUUCUCAUAUCGCUGCUUCACGCUUGGGGCCUGGACCCGGAUCUGGAUAGAGUCUGCGAGUCCAAACUCGGGUUGCUUCGACCAAUGGUGCCCGUAUGCUUCGGAGUCGUGUCUCGUCACGGUCACAUGGCCGUGCAGCUUCCGACCAGACUGGGCGGUUGGGCGGAGGCUUGCGCGUCAGCUCCCGAUGAUCCAUUACUCUUAACGUCUGAUCUUCCCGUUGAAUUAUUACGUCAAGAGAAAUUGACCAGAUUAUUCACGUCCAAGUUGCACUGGGAGCUCAGCACGACCCUUACGACCAACCACUUGCUGUCCAUCGUGGCGCUCGCCAACACCCUCAUGUCGAUGAGCAACGCUAGUUUUGUACCCGAGCAAGAAGUCGCUAGAAGGCUACACAGACCUACAACCCGUACAUCAUCAUGGGCUGGUGAUGAAGAGCGUGAGGAACAGCUGGCGGCGCAGCAGGCGCACAUCAAACAAGGCUGGUCUUUACUGGCGACGCUGCACUGCGUGCUGCUCCCUGAUAAAGUUGUUGCCGCUGGUGCAAAGAGCUUCAAGCGUCCCCAAGUGGAGAUGCUCGCGCGCAGGUGGCAGCACCAUUGCCUGGAGGUGCGGGACGCGGCGCAGGCGCUUCUGCUCGCGGAGCUCGGCAGGUUAGGUCCAAAAGGCCGCAAAUCGCUGGUUGAUAAUUGGGCGCAGUUCCUACCUCUGUAUACUCACACGGAGAGCAUCAAUCCCCACGCGGCACAGAAGGAGCCAGCUGAGAAGGUCGCUAGAGACCAAGAAGAAGAGUUCGAGGAAGAAGAGGAGGAGAUAGUCCGUAAGCCUUCGUCUCUGGCUGAGUUGAAACGCAAGCAGACGACGGCCGUAGUGCUCUUAGGUGUCAUUGGAGCUGAAUUUGGCCAAGAUAUUGCUAGUGAAGGCGCAGCUGGUAACAAAAGACGCAAAGACGGUGACAGUAGGAAGAGUUCUAUUGUCGAAGGCUUCACGCUGAGCGCGUCCAACAACCUGGGCCGGCUGACGGCGCUGGCGCUGACGCACCUGCUGCUGGCGCCGGGCUGCGCGCGCCUGCCCGCGCACACGCCGCUGCGCCGCGCCGCCGUCGACCUGCUGGGCCGCGGGUUCGCCGUGUGGGAGCCCUACCUCGACGUGAGCCACGUGCUGCUCGGCCUGCUCGAGAUGUGCUCCGACGCCGACAAGCUCGUGCCGUCCAUGACCUACGGCCUGCCGCUCACCCCGCAGGCCGACUCGUGCCGCACGGCCCGCCACGCGCUCACGCUCAUCGCGACCGCGCGGCCGGCCGCGUUCAUCACGACGAUGGCGCGCGAGGUGGCGCGCUGCGCGGGCGCGGCGGCCGGCGCCCCCCCGCCCCCCGCGGCGCUGGCGCUGCACCGCGGCCGCGCCGAGGUGCUGCGCGGCAUCGAGCUGCUCAUCGAGCGCAUGCACGCCGAGGUCGCCGAGCUGCUCGUCGAGGUGAUGGAUAUAAUCCUCCACUGCGUGGACCAGUCGCACCUCAAGAGUAAAGGUCUGAACGAAGUGUUCCCGGCGAUCUGUCGGUACAACCAAGUGUCCCACUGUCCCGCGACGAGAAGAAUCGCAGUGGGCAGCCACACGGGGCAGCUCGCCAUCUACGAGCUGCGCGCGGGGCGCUGCCAGUCGCUGGCCGCGCACUCCGGCCCCGUCACGGCCUGCGCCUUCAGCCCCGACGGCCGCUACCUCGUCUCCUACGCCACGGCCGACAACCGCCUGUCCUUCUGGCAGAGUACCGCGGGUAUGUUCGGCCUGGGCGCGGCGCAGACGCGUUGCGUGAAGUGCUACAGCACGGCGCCCAUGGCGGACGUGGCGCGGCUCAACCCGGCCAGACUCGCGAGACUCGUGUGGACCAACUCCAGAACCGUCACCCUGAUGCUGGCCGACGGCUCGGAGACUAGGUUCAAUGUAUAAAUGUUAUUAAUUAUUUAAAAGUGUAACCUAAAGCUGUUUUUAAAUUACUUAUCAUAAUAUAACGUAGCAAAUAUUAACAUUAAAAAUGUAUUAACCUUAUCUAAUACUAACUUACCUUUCAAUGAAAACUUACCCGAUGACGUCAGGUAACUUCAUAUUAAAUAUGAGUUAACAUCGAUACAUAAAUUGAUAUAAAAGAAUAAUUGAACUUUAAUAUCAAAAACUGUGUUUUAAUAUGAUUGAAUAGUUCUCAACUGUACAGGUCGACCAUAAUCGCACAAGAUUAUCUUUGGUAAAAAAUAAUAAUUGAUGUGAAUUAUUUUCUCAUACGUAAUAAUUAAGCUAGUUAAUAUUUUAAUAAAAUAUAUAACACAAUACAAAUCAAUUUUAACAUAAUAUAUAAAAAUAAAAUCUUAUGAAACUCCAUCCGUUCAUUGUGUUCUUGAUCGCUUGCUUUUUAACAUAACAUCACAUUCCAAAGUGUGUAAUAAAUACAAACAAAAACAUGCAUUUUUCGAGGGUUCGUUACAAUCUAUAGUCGAUUCCGAUGGAAGGAGGAGUAAAGGUAAAUAAACUUUGACCUUGAAAUGACUCAACAUGAUUGGUCGAGAUCAAAAAUAUUAAAUGUCAUGGAAAAUAGUGCGUUUUGGCUUGCAAAGUUGCU